AGCACGCCAAAUUUUGAGAACUACACAAGUAUUGACAACUCUAUAGUAUUACGGCCAAGGCAAAUUUCCAACUAUAUCGCGCCUUCGGAGGAGACAAUGCCCAGAUUCUUGGUGGCCACAUCCCCGUCUUCAGCGUUUCCCAUGAUAAUGAGAGGGUCAAGAUCUACCUCACUCUUCCCUUGUCCGUGAUAGUCGGACUACAUUUUACCGGUACUACGUCCAUGUCUGGAGCAUCCACUGCCAGAACAGAAACACCGGUUCACACUUUGUGCGAGUUGUAUAUCGCGGUCUCUCUCCAGAUGACAGACGGCGGGCUAUUGCACGUCUGCCGGAACCACGCAUAACUUCCAUAUCUUCGGAUGUCAGUAUCGAUACUGAUGAAACACUAGGGAUCAAGCAGCCCUCACCAGAUAUGAGCCAAGUCAGAUAGAAAUAGCGGUGAUGAAGCAAACUAUGGCGACAGUCGAGAAGAUGCCAAGGGAACAACCUGAGCAGCAGAAGGAGGAAAGUCGGAAACCAAGCGAGCAGCUGAAGGAAGAAAAUCCAAAAAGAAAUGGAGCAGGAAAAGGAGGAAAAUAAGACGCUGAUAGGGCAGAAGAGGGAGAAAGUCAGACGCAGAUCGCGUUGCUGAAGAGAUUGUUGGAAGACGACCUUUCAACAGAGGAACAACAUUAUCGCCAUCAUUAUCAAAAUCAUCAGUCUGUCGAACCAACGAUACGAUCCGAGGUCUGAUGUCCUGUAUUCGCUACGCAUUUUGCGUGCCGAUGAGAUUACCGUAGCUACCACUUACAGCCUGUCCAAGAGCAUCGUCGCCGCGACGUCGAGAAGACCCGGACAUCGCUAAGAAUACACCCACAGGUCCCACAUGUUCAACCAGCGACAAGCCGACACGCCUUCUGCAUGGUCAGUCGGGUCGUCGGAAACCUUGUACCCUGAACCCCAGAACUUUCAAGGAUGCGGAGACAUCGAGUGUCUCGAAACAAUAAAUGGCGACUUGCGAGCCUUCUGCACGAAUUGCGUGUUCGUACGAAUUCCACUUCUUGAAGAGUAGCACUGUCCAACUUGGGAACAUAUCCAGAUCCUAGGUCACAUGCAUUUAAGUUCAAAGAUGGUAUAACGCGGGGUUCGCACGCCAUCCGCGCUAGUUCGACGGCCUUGCAUGAGCUGGCCGACAAUCUGCUUGUGAGGCCUUGGACAUCGCUAUCUUCGGCCAAGUUCAGCGACUCCUAUUGGACAGAAGAUGCGUCGACUGAUGAUGACAUGAGCAGCACGUCGAGCUCGCAAGACAGGCCGACAAUGAGCUGCUCGGGAAGUGGCUUCAGAGAUCGUCUCUUUCGUAUAAUUCACAUAUCAGUAUACUUCAAUACCCUGCACCGCAGCGUGGCUAGGCUGGAUCCUAGCACCCGGACGGAUCAGCAGAGUUGCAUUCUGAUCGUUGUCAUUAUUAUAAGAGUACCGCAGUGGUGGUGGUACUUUCUGCUCGCGCAGCUUCUCCACCACAAACAUGCCUUCGACAUAUAGCUCUGCACCAUUCUUGUCGCUGAAGCCCAAUUCGGACUGUGGACGAGGGCAGACGCAACCAGGCAAGAGCUUCUCGAGCCUUAGCGGGGCUGCCACACCAAACAGCCACGUCAAUGGUGUCAAUGGUAAUCAUUCUUCGAACGGCUACUCGAACGGCUACUCGAAUGGCUACACCAAUGGCCACACCAAUGGCCACGCCAAUGGCUACACCAAUGGCAAUGGUGCAACCCCAUCAAAUGAGUCUUCCGACGACGAAUUUCUGCGAUUAGAUGCCCCUCAACAAGACCUUCUCUUGCUCCAUGGACCACGCCAAAAGUACAAGCUUGAGAAGAGCAGCAGCAUUCCAGAACUUCAGGGCGAAAGAGAGAUUCUGGUGCAGGUCCUCGCCAUCGGCCUUAACCCUGUAGACUGGAAAGGAGCCGACUACGGAUUCAGCCAGCCAAGCUACCCAUGGGUCAAUGGGCGCGACUUUGCAGGCAUUGUGGUUAGAGCACCGCGAACGGGUAGCAGAGUGCAGCAAGGCGAUGUUGUCUUUGGCCCAUCAACCGACUAUCGCGAUGUGAGGAAAGCCGCAUAUCAGGAGUAUGUUGUCACGACGGAUUACAACGUUGCGAGAAUCCCACAAGGGGUCAGUGUCAAGGAAGGUGCAGCACUGGGUGUGGCAUUUGUUGCCGCUAUUACUGCGCUUGGUAUCAGCUUCGGAUUGGAUCUUUCGAAUCUCAGAAACGCUCCUCGGGGCCCAGAUCUACUCCAGAUUACUCGCCAGCUGGACCCUCGCAAUGUGCCAGAAGAUAUCAAGAAUGAGAUCUUCUCAGGUAUUCCCGUCCAUGAACGACCUCAGCCAGGCGAGUGGCUGGCUAUCUGGGGAGCCAACAGCAUGACCGGACAGAUCGCCCUGCAGAUUGCAAAGCACGCAGGACUCAAAGUUGCGUGUGUGGCCGAUCUAGCACGAGGCGGACAACGGUUAUCGGCACUCGGCGCAGACUUCAUGGUCGACAAGUACGAUAAUGAACGCGCAAUCGAUAUUCUGAAGGCGAUCACUAGUGGCAACCUGCGAUUCGGCAUCGACUGCAAUGGCGCAGAUUCAGCAGCGGCGCUACAAUCGGCCCUCACGCAGUCUGAUACUGGACUCAAGUCGCAUUUGCUUGGUUUGACAGGGUUGCCAAAGAGUGUCGGCAGAGGUGUCACACACCACAAGCUUCCUAUCAAGAUCUUCCACGAGGCACCCCAUGUGGGCGAGGCCAUUUCC